AUGUCGAUGUCGUACUCAUUCCUCAACGCCUCCCGCCCGCUCGACCCUAGUUGUGUCCUCCAAGGUUCCCGGUCGACGAUCUACAAAUGCGGCUACUACUAUAUCACCAACACCACGCAGGUAACAAAGCUUAACGGCACGUGCUUGCAGGAACAAUUCCCUGGCGGGUAUGAGUUAGUGGGGCCGAGCAACAUCACUCCCUGUUCGGACUUACCGCUGACGUCAAACUCGUCCAGCAAGGUCUCUGUUGGACGCCGACUGUGGGGCUUGGUGGUCUUUGCUGUAUUUGCGGCGCUGCUUCCAUACGCCAGCGCUGGCCACGUUCCGCACAUUGCCAGCAAACCAGACGUCUUCAAGAGACAAAUCGAUCAGUCCUUUGUCAUCACUAGUGGUCCCACUCAGGUUGAAGGCGAGACCAAGUACAUCGGUCCCACAGUUUGCGAAGCUGGAAAAGUGAGAGCGUCGUUGCAAUUGACGCUCACAUACAACGAGUCGUCGCAGAUCUCGGAAGAAGCGGCCCAAGUGUUUGACCAUGCCGUCUCUUACCCAACGUCGGUUGCGAAGACCGCCUCUGGUUCGGCGGGACUACUCACCGAAAAUAUCGACGCAGUCUGCGCGAGCCGCUGCGGUCGCAUCACUUUUACGCCUUUUCUGCAACGGGUUGUGGGAGACUUCCGCCCAGGGGGACCCAGCAAUUACACGCGCGACACCCCUCAGACCAUCAACGGCGGCGAGCCAAACGGCCGUUUCAAUGUAACCUGUGAUUGA